GCAUCUCAUGGCUGGCGGUUGAGGUGGACCUGGCAAUCUGAGUGCAUGGCAGUGGCGAUGACGAUGACGAUGAUGGUGUUGGCGGUGGCGGUGGUGUUGCUGGCGGUGGUGGGGCUGGGUGGACAAGAAGCGCAUGCGUUCAACAACGCGAGCAUUGCCUUUGUGAGGUACUUCAAGGUUGGCGGGACCACGAUGAGCGGCCUCAUGCUGGGCAUGAAGCGGACCUACAACAAGCAGAUUGUCAUCCCAACGACGUCCAUCGCGCGCGAACCCUUCUACUCCGUGUACCACUACAGCGCCUGCAACAUCUUCAUGCGCGUGAACAGAUUUGGCCCAAAGCACCCCUGGCUGCGCAUCUCGCUCGUGCGCGAGCCGCAGGCGGCAGUCCUGUCUGCGUUCUACCACUUUUGCCUCACCCGCAGCAACUGCCGCGGCGUGGAGUCUCAGUUCCCCAAGGACGUUGAUCGCUCCUCGGACGAGUUCAAGCUGGCAUAUCUGGCGGCGCACCGGACGUCCGCAGCGGAGUACCUCGCGCCGUGUGGCCUGCGCGUGAAUGCGUCGGACGGCAGUGCUUCGCAGGCGCACGCCAUCGUCGCAACGUACCACCUGGUUGCCGUGAACGAGCGGUACUUGGAGUCGCUGCUGGUGUUCCGCCACCUGUUCGACCUCACCUUCCACGACAUCCUGCACUUUCCCGCGAAGAAGUUCAAGCAGGGCGAGAAGGACGACUACGGAUUGCCUGCGCCCGCGCGGCCCGAAACGGAGAGCGAGGCUGUGGUCGGCUUCCUGGAGAAGCUUGCCAACACAACGCUGGCAGCGGACACGGCCCUGCAUCGCGCGGCGGUGGCGCGGCUGGAUGAGCACAUCGACACGCUCGGGCAGAAGAAGAUUGCAGACGAGAAAGCCUUCUUUGAGAAGGCGCUCGCGUGUGCGCGGGAGCAGUGUGCUGACCAGCAGCACAGCGACUGCAUGGAGGUUGACCAGAUGUGCGGAUACACGUGUCUGCACAGCGUCAACUUUGAGCGAGACUGUAACCUCACCGUGCCGAGCCCAGCAUAGGAGCAAGCACAUGUUACGGACAUGUGUGUGUAAUAAUGUGUGUGUGUGUGCGUGUGCGCGCGCGUGUGUGUGCGCGUGUGUGUGCGCGUGUGUGUGUGUGCGCGCGCGUGUGUGUGAUAAUGUGUGUGUGUGUGUGUGCGUCUCUGUGCUUCUGUUUGUCUGUGUUUGUAUCAGUGUGUGCGUCAUGCACAUUAUUUGUGCUUUUGUGCGCAGUGACAUGCCGCUGCCCUCUAUCUAACUGCCACACUGAGUAUUCAACUGGUUGCUUCAUCUUGUCUCCCUAACAAGCCGGCCUGUUCCCCCCCCCCGUUCUGACUUUGACCAAUGGCUCAUACGCCGCUAUCAAUGAAUGCAAAGACGGGUUCAUUACCAAUGUACACCUCCCACAACAAGCACUCAUACACACACAUGUGCCCAG